AUGACAUCUAAGCAAAGAUUUUCUGUCUAUGAGAUUUUGUCACAGUUUUUUGACAGUGAAAGUGACAUAGAGGAGAAUGUGUCUGAGACCGAUGAUAAUAUUGAGGAGGACCCUGAUUAUGAGGCAUCCUCCUCAGAUGAGAAUGAUACUCCUAAUGUUGACCCUCCUGUUGUCUCUCAACCACCCACAAACCCAUUACCUUCCAAAAAUGGAAAGUUAUCAUGGUCCCGCUCACCACCUGAACGACAGGGUAGACUUAGUGCUGCUAAUGUCAUCAAAAUGGUUCCAGGGCCCACUAGAUAUGCUGUCAGCCAUGUCCAAGAUAUAAAAUCAGCAUUUGAUCUUUUCAUCACACCAUCAAUUGAAAAGGAUGUACUUGAAAUGACAAACUUAGAGGGUAGGCGUGUGUAUGGGGAAGGUUGGAAAGACUUUGAUGUGACUGACUUGCAAGCCUACAUUGAGUUGCUCAUUUUGGCUGGAGUCUACAAGUCAAAAGGAGAAGCAACAGCAAGCCUUUGGAAUGCUGACACUGGAAGGGCAAUAUUUCCAGCCACCAUGUCUCUAAAGACAUUCCAUGUUUUCUCCCGUGUCAUACGCUUUGAUGACAAAGAAACAAGACAGGGCAGACGAGAGCGUGACAAACUCGCAGCAAUACGGGUUGUAUGGGACAAGUGGGUCCAGCGAUUACCCUUUCUUUACAAUCCAGGCCCCCACAUCACGGUGGAUGAAUGUCUGGUUCCAUUUCGUGGGUGCUGUCCUUUCAGACAAUACAUACCAAGCAAACCAGCCAAAUAUGGCAUAAAAAUAUGGGACUCAUGUGAUGCACAGUCCAGCUAUGCCUGGAAUAUGCAGGUAUACACGGGUAAAUCCCCUGGAGAAGCACCUGAAAAAAAUCAAGGCAUGAGGGUGGUACUAGACAUGGCUGAGGGACUGAAUGGCCAUAACAUUACAUGCAAUAAUUUUUUCACAUCGUACGCCCUGGGUGAAGAACUGCUAAAAAGGAAGGUUACCAUGUUGGGGACAGUGAGAAAAAAUAAGCCAGAACUUCCCUCUGAGCUUCUUGCGAUGAAGAACAGGAAGGUAACAUCUUCAAUGUUUGCCUUCACUGAAAAGGCCACUGUCGUCUCCUAUUGCCCCAAGAAAGGGAAAAAUGUCCUGCUAAUGAGCACUAUGCACAAAGAUGCUGUUCUGAGCACUAGAGAAGACCGAAAACCACAAAUGGUGCUGGAUUACAAUGAGACAAAGGGAGGGGUUGAUAAUUUGGACAAGGUUACAGCCACCUACAGCUGCCGACGCAUGACCGCCCGUUGGCCACUUGUCAUUUUCUUCAACAUCAUUGAUGUGAGUGCCUACAAUGCCUUUGUGUUAUGGAGUGAAAUAAACAAGGACUGGAACAGCGGAAAACUGAGUCGAAGGAGAAUUUUCUUGGAGCAGCUGGGUUACGAGCUAGUGAAACCUCACAUCGAGAGAAGACGGUGCCUUCCAAGAGCAUCAACAGCUGCUGCAACUGUUGUGAAGGACAUCCAAAUGGAGACGCACACUCCAUUGGUUCAAACUGCAAGCAGGAAACGUGGCAGGUGCCAGGUCUGUCCCAACAGAAAUGACACCAAGACCAGCAACACUUGUGUGAAAUGCAAAAAAUACAUCUGCAAGGAGCACACACACACUUCCUGCACAUCAUGUGCAAAGUAG